CCUCCACCGUCCUCCCUCCCCUCGAGCGCGUGCACACGUGUGACAGACACCGUCAUUGGUGCGUCCCUUAAACGUGUCACAACUUUUGAUGGAUUACCCCACUUCUGAGUGCUCACUCUCUGCGGCCACUCACUAGUGCUCACUCUCUCCAAACCAGUCCCAGUGAAACGAGCAAAGCAAAACUUUGCAUCAUGCUCUCAGAGUCGUUGUCGUGGUCCGCGUUCACGGUGCUGUCCACGCUGGCGGUGCUGAGCGCGCUCACGGUGAAGGGCACGAGCACGGCCAGCACCGUGUGCCCGACGUGCGGUAUACCGGCGAUGGAGAAGGACGCGGAGGAACGAUACCUGAUCGAGAUCGCGAAGCAACAGAUUCUGAACAAGCUUCACCUGCGGGAGAGGCCGAAUAUCACGCAUGCGGUGCCGCGCGCCGCGCUCAUGACCGCGCUCCGGAAACUGCACGCGGGGCGCGUGAGACAAGACGGGACGCUGGAACUGGACAAUAACUUACCGAACUCGCUCACGAAUAACCAGGCGUACGAGAUAGUGAGCUUCGCUGAUGUCGAUGACGAGGUUUCGCCGGGUUUCGCCACCAGUCUAUCGUUCCAGUUCCUCCAGGAGAAAGGCCACAGUGUUCAAGUUCUUCAGUCGUCACUGUGGCUCUACGUCCGUCCAGCGGACGCCCCUCGUCCAGGUGAGCGUGUGAACGCUGAGAUCUACCUGUCGGGCGCUAACAAUCGCACACUGCUAAUCCAGAGAAGCGUUGAGGUCUCGCGGGGCGGCUGGCACACGUUCCCCGUCACCGUUGCCCUACAAGCCUUUCUAGACGGAGGCCAGCGUCGCCUCAAUCUCGAGGUUCACUGCGAAGACGGCGAGCGAAACCUGUGUAUCCGCGACGCUUCCGGCGAACACCAGCCGUUCCUCGUAGCGCAGGUGCGUUUGCGUGAAGACGCCGCGGCUCACGCGCUGAGCAAACGCUCGCUACGCUGCGGAGACGACGUGAGCGUGUGCUGCAAGAAAGACUUGUACAUUAAGUUUCGUGAUAUACAGUGGCAGGACUGGAUCAUAGCGCCCGAGGGAUACCACAUGAACUACUGUAUGGGACAGUGUCCUCAACAUCUCUCGGGGUCGCCCGGCAUAGCCUCCUCGUUUCACGCCACCGUCUUCAGUCAGCUAAAGGCUAACGGGAUCCACACCGCCGUGUCGUCCUGCUGCGUCCCCAUCCAGAGACGCCCGCUCUCAAUGGUUUACUUCAACUCUCAGCACACCAUCGUGAAGACCGACGUCCCGGACAUGAUCGUGGAGUCCUGCGGGUGCACAUAAACAAUAAACACUAGCAGUGCUCUUAUUUAUCUGCUGUUGGAACACCUUCUAAUCAAGGCUUUCUGUCUAAGCAUUAUGGGUUUUUAUCAUAG